AUGAUUAUUGAUGCAAUUUCUGAUCCAUUCAGUGAUGACAACAAUCCUGCUUCUACAGAAAUUCUUCCAGAUUACAGAAGCGAGGCAUCUGGCCCUGGAAGAUCAUCGCGGCCUCCAAGAUACCUGCACAUAGAGCGCCCGAGCCAACCUCUCAUAUACAGCUUUGUUUCAUGGAAUUCAAAGAGCAUGUUCCUGCUGCCUCCGCGCGACGUUGACCCUGGACGUGGGCCGAUCUACUUCAUCUCUGUCGUGCUCAACUUGAAUCCGUUCGCACCGCUGUCCUACAUCACGACUUUGCGUCGGGGUGCAGAUGCGGAGGGCGAACUAGUCGGUCAAUUUGAACUAGGCGUCAUGCACAAUCGCGGCACUGUCACGAUCGGCAGCUACUCGACGCGUCUGAAGAAUGUAUUACUGGACGAUCCUCGCUCGACUAGAAAAUUCAAGUGGAAAUUAGAGACAGUCGAACUUCACUGGGAUUGCCGCACUACCCUCGACGACGGAUCUCCCAUGUGCAUCUGCUCCGAUUCCUCAUCGCAGCAACUCGCCUCGUUUGUUCCCCCACCCCUCGACGCGUCUCCGCCUCUGCCAGAUGCGACUUUGACUGUUUUUCCAGACGGGCAUCGGCAUUUCGAUCAUAUCUUACUAUCAGCGUUGGUCGUAGAGCGGAAAUUGACACUAGCAUUCUGA